AUGGAAAAGUUGCAGAAGGCCAAAAUGGAUGACGAAGUCCUUGGCUACAAGGACUUGGCAGCCAUCCCCAGGGACAAGGCGAUCCUGGACAUCGAGCGUCCUGACCUGAUGAUCUACGAGCCCCACUUCACCUACUCCCUCCUCGACCACGUGGACCGGCCAGGGAGCCGAGAGCCUUCGCUCUCGCCCACGUCUCUCUCUCCUCCCCCAUCGCCAGAAGACUGGGCAGAGGCCAAAUCCCCAGGAAGUGUCGGCAAGGCCUCCAGGCGCCGGGCCGGCAGCAGAAACCGCUCUGGAGUCCAGCACUUCCAUCAUCCUGAGACCAACACAGCGGAGAUGAACAUCUACAAGAAGCCGCCCAUCUACAAGCAGAGGGAGGCUGGGCUGGCACCGACUCCCGAGAGCAAACGGCUGAUUGAGGGCCUGAUUAUUGAAUCCUCCAAAUUCCCUGCUGCUCAGCCACCGGAUCCCAGCCAGCCAGCCAAGAUCGAGACUGACUACUGGCCCUGCCCGCCCUCCCUGGCAGUCGUGGAGACUGAGUGGCGGAGGCAAAAGGCGUCCAAGAGAGGUGAGGAUGUGGAUGAGGACUCAGAAGAGAUGAAAAGUCUCCAUGAGCUGCAGGAACAGGAGCUGAGCAAGGUGGCCUCCAAUCUGGGCAAACUCAUCCUGAAGGAGGAGAUGGAGAAAUCUCUCCCAGUCCGGAGGAAGACCCGGUCACUUCCAGAUCGAACUCCCUUCCAUGCCUCGUUGCACGGAGGGAGCUCAAAGCCAUCCCCGCUUCCUGCCUCUGGGAGACACACGCUUGCCAGGCUGCAGUCGACGGAGUUUGGAACUGGCAGCAGUGAGAAAGGCAGUCCAGGUCUGCAGAAUGGCCAGAGAAGCCGCAUGGACAGAGGCAGCUCCCUCCCCAGCAUGCUGGAGCAGAAGAUUUACCCGUAUGAGAUGCUGAUGGUGACCAACCGAGGGCGAGUCAAACUGCCCCCAGGAGUGGACCGAACACGACUUGAGCGGCACCUGUCACCCGAGGACUUCCAGCGGGUCUUUGAGAUGCCCCCAGAGGAGUUCUCCCGACUGGCCCUGUGGAAGCGGAACGAGCUGAAGAAGAAAGCCUGUCUCUUCUGA